CCUCGCACCUUUCCCAUUCCGUUCCAUCACUGCAAUAUUAUUCUAUUUCUAUGGCUGUGGCUGAAGCUCAUCCCCAUCUCAACCCCAAAACAAAGCACUUUAUACACACUAGUAGCUUCUCAUUACCCACAUAUAGUGCUGUGGACCCCCCCUCUGUUGAAUCACUUCGUGGGUCAUUUCUCUCUCUCUCUCUCUCUCUCUCUCUCCGUUCUAAAAUUUACUGAUGCGUAUGCAUGCAUAUACCGACCUACCAAUUGGUCUACAGCUGUUCCUUCUGAAUAUCUUGUCUGUUUUUUGACUUACCAAUCACCCAAUUGACCUAGGCUUAUGAUCACGUAUUGUCUAUCUGUUAUUGUUUAUUUUUGUCAUGUCAGAUUGGUGGCAGUUUAUGAGGUGGGUCGUUUUUUAAAUUCUUGGCUGUGAUGGUAUGAUCUACUACAUUAGUUUUUAGGACUACAUUAGUUAUUAGGCGGUGCCUUCCGUAUGAAAUUCCAUGUUUGGCUUCGACUUUAUGGCCUAAAUUUCUAAUAUUCAUGCAUUCAUUUGACUUGGGAGCGGCAGCCUAAGUGCAAUUGGCGGGUCAUUUGAGUCUUCAGGAGCUAAAAUUAGGUCAUUCAUAGGUAAUGUUAAUCUGCCAAUAAGCAGCUGGGAAAGUUAACACUGAUAGGUUAGCAAAGUUACCACAAUGGAAAGGGCUACUAUUUGGUAGGUAGGGACAAAAAGGGGCCAUGUGGGUUGCAGAGUGUGGUGGUAUUUACGAUCCUAAUUUCCUAGAUAAUAUGUAUAGGGGUUUUGUCAUGUGUAUAUAUAAGUUCUUGCCACCCUCCAAUUGCAAGGCUAUUUGGUGAGUUAUACUCAAGGAUACGUAUCAUUUUUAUCAUAGUUAGACUCAUGCAAUUUGCUGUUGGAUUUGCAUGUGUUUUUCUAUUUAAUAAAAUUUCUUUGAGCUGUCGGUGUCGAUGGCUCAUUUACCCACCAACCUAGUUGAAAGUUAUGCUUGUAGCAGCGAUGGAUUUAGAAGAAUAAGGAUUAGUCAUAGCUGAAAGUGAUAUUCCAAUAAAUAUAAUAAAGAACUCUUUGUUGGGUACUUACCCAAAAAAAAAACUCUUUGUUGGUUUUAUUUGCAUUUUCAACCAUACCAUGUGCUUGUAUUUACAUGAAAAAAAGGGUGAGGUGGGAGGACCAUUGAGUCCUUGUUUUGCAACUUGAGGUUGUGGAUGCUUGUCUGAUAAGACUGACCAUUUUUUUUUUGUCCUUUCUAUUUGGUCCUAGUACGAAUCUCUUUGUAUUGGGUAUCCAACAAGUCUGUUGUCACACCACCUUCUAUUGCAAUGCCCCUAUUGACCUCUUAUUUAGCAUACUAAGAUUAGCUGCAGAAUACAUGCUUGUUUGACCGCUUGCAUUCUUGAUAUUCGUGCUUCCGAGCUUCUGUUGCCUAUUUUCGAAUACAGGACGAUGAAAACUAGGAGUGGAAAGCGCUCUGAGCAGCCCUUUUGGCCUUCUAUAGUGAUGAAGAAAUGGCUAAAUAUCAAACCCAAAAUGCAUGAUUUCAGCGAAGAUGAAGUUGACACCGAAACUGAGAGUGAGGAUGAUGCUUGUUCUCUUAAAGACGAAAGAGUGCACGUGGGUGAGGAUCAUGCCUGCAGAAUACAGGGGAGCCAAUCUGCAUGCGCAAGUCAAACUUCAAGAACACCUUUGAAGGGCGAUAAGUUGGGACACAGGCGAGGAAAAUCAGAAACUCUGCGUCGUCAGUAUAUCAACACAAAGGAUGUGAGGCUGAAUAUAGGCACCUGGAAUGUGGCUGGAAGGCUUCCAUAUGACAAUCUCGAGCUUGAUGAGUGGCUUUGCGUGAAUGAGCCAGCUGAUAUUUACAUCCUUGGUUUCCAAGAGGUGGUUCCCCUAAAUGCUGGGAAUGUACUUGGAGCAGAGACUAGAAGGCCAAUUCUGAAAUGGGAAUCAAUUAUCCGUAGGACAUUGAACCAAUCUUCGGAACCUGAGAGCAUGGACAGAUGUUACAGUGCACCAACUUCUCCUGUAUUGGGGAGUUCUGCGGCUGAUUUUCUCUCUGACGAGAUUGAUGAUCCUUCAUCUGAGAUAUUGGGUGAGGUGGAUAUAGACACAGCUAAUUAUAGUGAAUCCAACAUGCACAAAGUGAAUGGAAUUGCCAGUAUGGGAAACAAACUACGUUUGAAGAGAAUAUAUGGCAUUGAUGGUGAUAGUAGGUUAGACUGGCCUGAACAACCUUUGGACGCAACAUCUCAAGUUCUUUCUUCCUGUUUUAAACUACGGAGAGUAUUCAGCAGUUCUGGGAGGGUUGGCUCUGAUUGGAUGGAGAAUUCUCCCUUACAUGUUGCGUCCAAUGGAAUGAAAAGGUCGCAUUGUAGCUCUGGAAACCUUGGGUUGAUGUGGAUGGAUAGAAAAGAUAGACUGGAUAAUCUUGAUUCUGUCUCGGAUGUCUCCAACCAAUUUUCUGAAGAGGAAGAAGACGAUUUAUUUCCGGAAGCACCAGAGAUGCUAAAUGAACGAGAACUUUUGAAAGACGGAUUAAAGUCGUAUCGUAGGUAUGUUCGAAUAGUGAGCAAGCAAAUGGUUGGGAUAUAUGUAUCAGUUUGGGUGCGCAGAAGGUUGAGGAGACACAUAGAUAACUUGAAAGUUUCUCCUGUUGGAGUUGGCCUUAUGGGAUACAUGGGUAAUAAGGGUUCCGUUUCUGUUAGCAUGUCUCUUUUUCAAACGAGGCUUUGCUUUGUCUGUUCUCAUUUGACCUCUGGCCAAAAGGAUGGAGAUGAACAGAGGCGCAACUCUGAUGUGCAAGAGAUAUUAAGACGUACUAAUUUCUCAUCCGUCAUUGAUGUAGAUCAAUCGCAGACAAUUCCUUCUCAUGACCAGAUAUUCUGGUUUGGGGAUUUGAAUUACCGUCUCAAUAUGUUGGACGCAGAGGUAAGGAACCUUGUGGACAAGAAACAAUGGGACGAACUUCUGCACAGUGACCAGCUAAGCAAAGAACUCCGAAGUGGGCGUGUGUUCGAGGGAUGGAAAGAGGGUCCCAUAACCUUCCCACCCACUUACAAGUAUGAAUUCAACUCAGACAGAUACGUAGGUGAAAAUCCAAAAGAAGGGGAGAAGAGGAGGUCCCCAGCGUGGUGCGAUCGAAUACUAUGGCUGGGGAAAGGCAUAAAGCAGCUUUCUUAUAUGAGAGCAGAGAUAGGAUUGUCGGACCAUAGACCUGUCAGUUCGGUUUUCUUGGUUGAAGUUGAAGUUUUUAACCGUAGGAAGCUCCAAAGGGCUCUCAAUUUCACAACUGCUGCAGUUCAUCCCGAGGUUUUGCCUUGAUGAACAGGGGGGAUUAGAACUUUAGCAGAUGGGCAGGACAUAUACUUCAACCAUGGGAAUGCCGAAUGCAAGCUUUUUAUUGAAGGGAGACAGUUUUAAAGAAAAGACUACUGUAGUUUACAAAUACAGAGACUAGCAGAUGUGAAAUAAUCCUGGGAAUUCCCAUAUGCUCAGGACCUUAGCAAGGAAACCAACAAAGGUGAACUGUACUAAUUACCCAGAAGGAAUUCAUUUAUGGAAGUUGUGAGUUCAAAAUAGAAUCUGUCAUAUACUAAUAUAUACGAUCUCAACAGUGACCUUAAACUGUUAGGGAUGAAGGUAUAUGUAGCAAUAUAGUGAACCCUGUACUAACUCGGCUUUCAUUUUUUUUUUUUUUUCUUUCUGUUUGAAUCAUAAGGACCUUGGGUGUGUACAUAGUAGAUCUCUCUUCUUCUUUUUU